AUGAAAGGAGGAAUAACCCUUGUAAAGAGGCAAAAACCAAGGAUAAUACGGUCAGUUAGAUUCAAUAAAAAUAAAGAUCCAGAAAAUUAUUGCAGAGAACAAAUUAUGCUUUAUACUUCUUGGAGAAAUGAAAAGAAAGAUCUUCUCAAGGAUUUUCAAACCCACCAGGAUCGAUUUGAAGAUGUUAAAGAUUUGAUAGAGGAAAACAGAAAACAAUAUGAGAAUCAUUCAGAAGUCCUUGAUCAGGCAGUACACGAUAUUGAAAGUGAUGAGUUUGGUAAUGUAGUUGCUCCUAAUGCACAAUAUAGAGAUGAACAAGAUAAAGAAAUUGGCUCGAAAGAAAGUGAAUUAUUUGGAUGUUUUGAUCCCGGCAAAGUUAAGCAGCAUACUGAGUACGAUUUAAUGAAUGAUAUUGGUAUAUAUCCAAGAACAAAUGACGAUGAAGAACUGGUUGUAAAACAGCUAAAAGAUGAUGAUUUUAGAAAACUUGUCCAGUCACUUAAUAUUGAACAAAAGGAAUUCUUUUACCAUGUGCUGAAUUCUGUAAAAACUGGUAAUCACCCACUGAGACUGUUUCUAAGCGGAGGUGCUGGUGUUGGUAAAAGUACUGUUACAAAUGCUUUGUAUGAAGCACUUAUGAGAUAUUUAAAUGCUCAACUUGAAAAUGAUCCCGACAAUGCCAGUGUUCUUAAAGUGGCACCUACCGGUAAAGCAGCGUUUAACAUAAGAGGAAAUACACUCCAUUCCGCCUUUAAGAUCCCUGCAAACCGAGGAUUUAAAUAUUGCACACUUGAUAGAGACAGAUUAAAUACUAUAAGAUCACAAUUCGAGAGACUGAAAGUUAUUUUUAUUGACGAGAUCUCUAUGGUAGGCAAUGGAAUGUUUAAUUUUCUUGACUUAAGAUUGCAACAGAUAAUGGGCACAAAAGAACCAUUUGGUGGUCUUAGUAUAAUAACAGUUGGUGAUUUAUUUCAACUAAAACCAAUCUUCGAUCAUUGGAUAUUUGAAAACUCAAAUGAAGGCUAUAAUGCGUUAGCAACGAAUCUCUGGCAGCAAUAUUUUCAAAUGUUUGAAUUAUCACAGGUUAUGCGACAAAGAGAAGACAAAGACUUUGCUGAAAUUUUAAAUCGGAUAAGGGAAGGCAAACACACUGAAGAUGAUAUUAGAGUUCUGAAAGAACGAAUUUUUACGCUAAGUUCAGAACAUCCUGAUUAUCCAAUAGCUUCUACCCAUUUGUUUAGUACUAAUAUGGCGGUAGAUGAACAUAAUCGUGAAAUUUUUCGUAAAUCAACAAAUGAGAAGGUUGACGUUAAAGCGAUAGAUAUUGUACUUGGCGAUUUAUCCGAUGACUUGAAAGAAAGACUGAAAAAGCAAAUCCCAAAUGAUCCUUCUAAAACAAUGGGAUUGUACUCAGUUUGUUCCAUACUAAGAGAAGCAAAAUAUGAUCUUACGACAAACGUAUCAGUUGUAGAUGGCAUGACCAAUGGUGCUGAGUGUAUAAUUAAGAAGAUUGAUUACCGAGUACCAGGCUCAUCAAGACCAAGUAUUAUUUGGGUUUUAUUUCAAGAACAACACAUUGGAAAUGAUUAUUGCAGAGAAUACUCUCACCUUUACAACCAGACAGUGGAAAAAAAUUGGGUUCCAGUUUUGGAAGUCACUAGACAGUUUAGAAAACACCAAAUGAGACAAUUUCCAUUGAGACCAGCAGCAGCCAAAACUAUUCACCGUUGUCAAGGAGAUACAUUGAACGAAGCAGUUAUUGACCUUCCAUCUUCAAAGCGAGAACACAUGCAUUAUGUUGCCCUUAGUAGACUUAGAAGCAUUUCCGGAUUACAUAUUUUAAAUCUAAAUGAAAAUAAAAUGACUGUGAGCAAGAAAGUACAAGAGGGAAUGACAAGACUCAGAGGAAAUGCACUACUCACCAGUCAUAUCCCUUUUCUUUAUAAAGAUACUAGUGGAACAUUUAAGAUAUUAUUUCAGAAUGUGAGAUCAUUACAUCUCCACUUCCCUGAUGUUGCCAGUGAUAACAAUGUAAAAGCAGCUGAUAUUAAUAUGUUUGUCGAAACUGCUUUGUGUAGUAAUGAUAAUAAUGACUUAUAUCAUAUUCCUAGUUUUCAACUUUUCAGAAAUGAUUUUAUGCCACAUGGUACAAGAACACCAUAUGGAACUGCUCUUUAUGUAAAAGACAAUGCAAAUAUUUUAUCAGAACCUCUGAGAUGCAACUAUAACGAUGUAGAAAUAACGUUGAUAAAACUAAAUCAACCAGUGCACAAUUUACAUAUUAUAGGAAUUUAUCGUUCCAAAUCAAAGGUGAAAACUUCAAGGUUUAUCGAUGCUUUAAAACAUUUGCACUCUAAUAUCAUAGAUGAUCCCAAUGCUCCCGUUAUUAUCCUUGGUGAUUUUAAUAUCAAUUUUAUGGAAAAUGCAUCCGACAAAAAUUCACUUUGUAAAUACUUAAUUGAAGAAAGGCAAUAUGUGCAACUUAUUAAUCAAGUUACAACUGACUAUCAAACACAAAUCGAUCAUAUUUACACUAACAUACCUGAAAGAAUAAAAAAUAGUGGUGUUUUAGAAUCAUACUUUAGCGAUCAUAAGCCUAUUUUCGUCUCUUUGAUUUGA